AGGGUGCUACUCCCGGAGUCUGAAGCUGAGCUGCGAAAGCCGAAACUCAGGGGAAGGACCUCACCUCAUCUGUAUCUUUCUGGUAUAACGGAAGUUUCAGAGGACCUGUGUGGCAGUGGGAACUACACAGCAGAAAUGAGUCUCGACCUUGGGAGAGGUGUAGAGCCUGGUGAUGCUGUACCUGCCAGGGGGAACCUCAGAGUGGUUAUCAACCUGAAGACAAACAACAGUCAGAUAAACCUCGGGGUCACCUCCUGUUGCCUGUCUCCAACCAUCCAGCCAGACCUUGCGAACUCCACCUGCUGUCUUUUCUCAAGGUUAGCAGCGGAACCAGCAGGGAUCACACUGCUGCCCACUGCCUUGUCAACGAGUGCCAGCUUCACCAUCAGUCUCUUCCAAAUGAUUAAUUACUCAGUAGUGUACCUACACUGUGAUCUGAGUGUCUGCCUGAGGAACCACUCUGACUGUGAAAGGCAGUGUCUUCAGCAGAGGAGUGCACUUCCCUUAGAGGGCUCACAAUCUAUUGUCACCAAUCUCCGAAAUCGCAUAUCCUUUGGUCCCAUGUUGAAAGAAGUGAAGAAUUCUACAUUUCCAGAGGAGAUAGACCCAUCAGAACUGGACCUGGUUCUGGUUAUAGUCAGCCUUGUGGUCGGCUCCUCUCUUGUCACAGUGAUGCUGCUGCUGGUGUGGCUGGCUUACCGCAAACGAGGAAACUGGCUGCUCCGCUCAGCAGCUCCACCACGGGCCUGCUGUGGCUGUCUUCGCCCAGGAGGAGACUUGAUCCUUCCGUGA